AUGCGAUUUUUUCUAUCACUGAUUUUAACACUGAUGUGUUUUUCAUCGAUUGAAGCACAUUCAAAAUUAACAAUCGAUGAAUUUUUCAAUGUAACUCAUUUUCAAUCAAUAAAUCUUUCUCCGAAUGGUCGAUAUUUAUUAGUAGCUAGUGAACAUCCAGCAUGGGAUUCAAAUUCUUACGAACAAAGUUUAUGGUUAUAUGAAACUAGUGGACGACGAAAACAAUUGAUUACUAACCAAUUAUUUGCAUCGUAUAUUCCGAAAUGGUCACCAAGUGGAGAUUAUUUUGUUUAUUUAAUGAAGGAUAAAUUUGAUUCAACAAAUGAUCGUCAUCGUGUGAUACGUUCAGUCAACAGUUCAGUAAAAAAUGAACAACAUAUUUAUCUUUACAAUAUUGCUUCUGAUGAGAUAAUACCUGUCGGAAUCGGUUAUGAAAAACCAUCGGCUCUUACAUGGUCUGAUGUCGAUUCAUCAUUAUACUUUGCUGCAGCAUCAUCUGAAUCAACAGAAGACGUCGAUCGUGAAUAUGAAGAUGAAUGGAAAGAUGUUAUUGAAUAUCGUCGACGAAAACCUAAUGAUGGAAGCAUCAUAUAUCAUAUUGAUAUAAGUAGAAAAAAUCGACGAGUUACUUCCAAAAUUCAUCAGAUCACACAUCUCAACUUUAUCGUUAGUGAUUUAUUAUAUACACUAUCUGAGCAUAAAAUUAUCUGCUCUUCUUUCUCGAACAUAAUUGAAAAUUCACAUGAUCUAGAGAUUUAUUCUAUAGAUCUACUUAAUCCUUCAUCGGUAAAACAAUUGACUAAUAAUGACGAAUUUGAAAUUAAUUUAAGAUUAUCGAAGGAUGGUAAACAUUUGUUUUUUCGAACAGCUUCCUCUUUGACAGGUAAAACAACAUCAAACAAAACACAAAUCCGACUAAAAUCAAUCGAUUUAACAAAUGGACAAAUUGAUGAAUGGGGAAAAGGUUUUCAAGGGAAUGUUAACGAUUAUGCAAUAAGACCGGAAGGUGGCGUUUUCAUUUUGGGACAGUUAGGCACUAAUACGAAUGUUUAUGUUCAACAAUCAUCAUCGAAAUAUUUGACUUUGCAACGUGGUUGGAAUGGAACUUAUCGAGCCAUCUCUACAUCAUCAUCAAAACGAUAUUUUUCAGUUGCUUUUCUUCAUUCAGCUUUCGAACGACCAGAAGAAGUUUAUUUAAUUGAUCAUAUUGAUGAACUUUCUUCAGCUAAACGAAUUACCAAUGAAAACCAAUUCUUAACAAAAAAACAUCUACCACGAUCAAAAGUAUACACAUGGGUAAAUAGUGAUGAUCAUCGCAUGGUCGAAGGCAUUCUACAUUAUCCACCAGACAAAUUCGAACAAAAAAAUUUACCUCUUCUUGUUCUUAUUCAUGGUGGUUCCGCUGCCGCAAGUCUAAAUUUAUUUCCACCAAUCUGGUAUAUGUUUCCUCAUCUAGCCGCUGUAAACGGUUGGUUAGUACUAGAACCAAAUUAUCGAGGUUCAACAGGUUAUGGUGAUCAAUUUGUUAGUGAAAUCUAUUCUACGUUUUUAUCUCGACCAGGUAGAGACAUUCUAGAUGGCGUUGAUCGUCUUGUUCAAGAUGGAAUUGCGGAUCCGACUCGACUUAAUGUCGGAGGUUAUAGUUAUGGAGGAUAUCUUACGAAUUGGUUGAUUACGCAAACAACACGUUUCAAUGCGGCAUUUUCAGGUGCUGGGCCAUUAGAUCACGUUUCUUUUUGGGGUACUACAAAUAUUCCUAUCUAUGCUAAUACUUUAAUUGGUGGAUUUCCAUGGGAAAUACCAGAUAUCUAUGCGAAGGAGUCGAUUAUUUAUCAUUUAGAUAAUGUACAUACACCUACACUUAUUUUCACUGGUGCUAAUGAUGUAGCAAUUCCUGCUGAUCAAAGUUUUAUAUUAGAACGUGGUUUAAAAUAUUUGGGAAUCCCAUCGAAAUUAUUAAUUUUUCCCAAUGAAGGUCACGACUUAUUAAAUAAUCCAUGGCAUUCAAAAAUACAAAUUCGAGAACAACUCAAGUGGCUAGAAAGAUAUGGUCAUGUGUCUUGGUUUAAAAUGACAGGUUAA